AUGGACAUUGCGCACCCCUUCACCUCGGAGGUGACCUCCCUGUCCUUCUCCUUCCUGUCGUCCGACGACAUCCGUUCCAUCUCCGUCAAGAAGAUCGACAACCCCGUCCUUCUCGACAAUCUUAACCUCGCCACCAAUGGUGGUCUCUACGACCCCAAGCUCGGUCCGAUGACCGCUCGCGACAUGUGCGAGACCUGUGGACAGUCGUACUUCGCGUGCCCCGGACACUACGGUCAUAUCGAGCUCCCCUCUCCCGUCUUCCACCCGCUCUUCAUGAACCAGUGCUACAACCUUCUCCGUGCGACGUGUCUUUACUGUCAUCACUUCAAGAUGCCUGAGCUCAUUCUCCGGAGAUACAUCGCUCGUCUGAGGCUGCUGGAUGCUGGAUGUCUUGAGGAGGCUCACACGGUCGCAAAUUUCCACCCGGUCACAAAGGACGCACCUAAGGAUGGCGACACCCAGGAGGACAUGGACGCCGGUGUUGCUGGCGAGACCGCCGCUGAGUUCAUCCAGCGCAUGGACGAGUACGUUCGCCAGGUGCUCAAGCACAGGAAGCGCAAGCAUGAGCGUGACAACUACAAGGAUGGUCUUGUCUUCGAGGAGCGCAAGCGUGUCCUGAACGAGUUUGGCAAGAAGCUCUGGGCCAAAUGCAGCCACUGCCAGGCUUACGGCAACACUUUCCGCAAGGAGAAGACGAUCAAGAUCAUCGAGUACGACCUCAGUCCCAAGCAGAAGCUCGCCAACUCGACGAUGGGCCUUAAGAAGCCCCACGCCAGCUUCUCCUCCCGAUCAAUCAAGAAGCCCAAGAAGGGCAAGGAGGAGGAGGACGAGGGAAUUGAGGCCAGCUCGGCCUCUAGCGGAAGCGAGGCUGAGGACGAGGGCAUGGACGUCGACGAGGUUGAGGCCGAGGAGGAGGAGAGCGAGGAGGAGGACGAGGGACUUACGGCUGGCCCCGCCCGAACUGCUAGCGGACAGGUGAAGGGCGCUCGUGGACGAAAUGAGCGUGUCAUGGCCGCCGCCGAGGUUCGAAGCCACCUCCGGAGACUCUUCCAGAAGGAGGCCGAGGCUUGCUCGCUCCUUUACGGUCGCCACGGCGGUCCCCAGGCCAAGUCUGGACACAUCCCUCCCCCUCCUAUUGCGGACAUGUUCUUCAUGGACGUGGUUCCGGUCCCCCCGACUCGUUUCCGCCCUCCUGCAAAGAUGGGCGACGACCUGUUCGAGAACUCGCAGAACACCCUGCUCACCGCCAUUAUCAACACCUGUGAGCGCAUCUACACGGUGAACCAGACGCUCCGCGACUUUGAGCGCCAGGACAAGAGCGAGGCUGUCAUGGAGGCCCUGAAGAACCUCGACAAGACGCGGUCUUUCGAGAUUCUCCUUGAGUCUCUGAUCCGCCUGCAGCACGACGUCAACUCGUUCAUGGACAGCACCAAGAACCCGGCCGUGAUGAAGCAGGGCAAGCUCCCCCCGCAGGGUGUCAAGCAGCUGCUCGAGAAGAAGGAGGGUCUCUUCCGUAAGCACAUGAUGGGUAAGCGUGUCAACUACGCUGCGCGAUCAGUCAUCUCGCCCGACAUCAACAUCGAGACGAACGAGAUCGGUAUCCCGCCUGUCUUCGCCAAGAAGCUCACCUAUCCCGAGCCUGUUACGCCGCAGAACGUUCACGAGAUGCGCCAGCUUGUCAUCAACGGCCCCAAGGUUCACCCUGGUGCCGCUCUCGUCCAGAACGAGGACGGUUCGCAGAUCUCGCUUGACCGCACCACUCUUGAGCAGCGUACCGCCAUCGCCAACCAGCUCCUUACGCCCCAGAACGACGCCUGGGCUGGAUCCUCUGGUGGCCCCGCUGCGCGCAACAAGAAGGUGUACCGCCACAUCCGCGACGGUGACAUUGUCAUUCUCAACCGUCAGCCUACGCUCCACAAGCCUUCCAUGAUGUGCCACCGCGUCAAGGUCCUGCACGGCGAGAAGACGAUCCGCAUGCAUUACGCGAACUGUAACUCGUACAACGCCGACUUCGACGGAGACGAGAUGAACAUCCAUUUCCCUCAGAACGAGACGGCUCGUGCUGAGGCUCAGAUGAUCGCCAACACCGACAACCAGUACCUCGUCCCGACAUCUGGUAACCCGCUCCGUGGUCUUAUCCAGGACCACGUCGUCGCCGGUGUGUGGAUGUGCAACAAGUCGUCGUUCUUCACCCGCGACGAGUACUACCAGCUCAUCUACGGCGCUCUCCGCACCGAGAACAACUACAGCGGUGGCGGUCGCAUCAUCACCCUUCCUCCUGCUAUCAUCAAGCCCCGCCCGAUGUGGACGGGUAAGCAGAUCAUGUCCACCAUCCUGGUGAACCUGACGCCUGCCAACGCUAAGGGUCUGAACCUUACCUCCAAGAACAAGGUCCAGAACAAGCUCUGGCAGCGUGAUGACUCGAAGGACGAGAACAUGUCUGAGGAGAACGUCAUCUUCCUCGACGGCCACCUCAUCCUCGGUGUUCUCGACAAGUCGCAGUACGGUGCUUCAGCCUACGGUCUCGUGCACUCGGUACACGAGCUCUACGGCCCGUACAUUGCGAACCGUCUGCUCGCGGUGCUCUCUCGUCUCCUGACGAAGUACCUCCAGCACACUGGUUUCUCGUGUCGUAUGGACGACCUGAUCCUUUCCGAGGAGGGUGAGCGUCUUCGUAAGCAGAUUCUCGACGACGCCAACGAGGACGGUAUGCGCACUGCUCUCCAGUUCGUCGGUCUCCCGCACGACGGUGACAUCCACAACCCCGAGCUUCAGCAGAACCUCAAGAUCCGUCUCGAGGAGAUUCUGCGUGACGACAACCUCAUGGCUGGUCUCGACGCCAAGAUGCAGAUGGCGUUCAACAAGACGACGUCCAAGAUCAACAACGACGUCCUCCCGGCUCACCUCGUCCGCCCUUUCCCGGACAACAAUAUGCAAAUGAUGACCAUCUCCGGAGCCAAGGGUUCCAAGGUCAACGCCUCGCAGAUUUCGACGCUGCUCGGUCAGCAGGCGCUCGAGGGUCGUCGUGUGCCGACCAUGGUUUCGGGUAAGACUCUCCCAGCCUUCAAGGCGUUCGACACCCAGGCGCGUGCCGGUGGAUACGUCGCGAACCGUUUCCUUACGGGUAUCCGUCCCCAGGAGUACUACUUCCAUUGGUAA